GAGCGAAACUACCAACUGGCCCUACUGCCACUACUAUAGCAUGAUUGCUUUAAAUUGACAGCCGUGCUGCUCGUGUGCUGUGCCGCGCCAGAUUGAUAUUACUCUCUCUCUCUCUGUCUCUCUCUCUCCCUUCGUCUUUUGUUUUGACUGUGAUUGUUGUCAUACACUCUCACAUCAUCCUACGGCAUCAUCCGAGUCCCCGCCGGUCCGAAGUGCUCUCGUCACAAUGGCGAUCUCACGCGUCUUCACUCGCGCCUCUUUCCGCGCCCUUGCCCAGCGAGCAACCCUCGCUCCAGCGCGUCAAACCCCUAUACCCUCACGAGCAUUCACAGCGUCACAACAAGCCCAGCAAACGCGUGGCCCGCCAAGUCCGCCCUCAGACGACACCGCCGACCCAGCACAGGCAUACCUAGGCACCACAAAGCGUCUCCCGGAGUUCAACCUGACCAAGAAAGUCGUCCUCGUCACCGGCGCCGCUCGCGGUCUCGGCCUGGUCCAAGCAGAAGCACUGCUGGAAGCCGGUGCAACAGUGUAUGCCCUCGACCGACUGUCCGAGCCGUCCGAACUCUUCGCUCCGAUCGCAGAACGUGCUGCCAAAGAACUAGGCACAUCCCUGCACUACACCCAGAUCGACACACGUGAUGUCGCGGCCCUACACGCCAUCAUAGCCGACAUUGGCGCCAAAGAAGGCCGUAUGGACGGGCUGAUUGCCGCCGCUGGCAUCCAGCAGGAGACGCCUGCGCUCGAGUACAGCGCCGAGGACGCAAACCGCAUGUUCCAGGUCAACAUCACGGGGACGAUGAUGACGGCGCAGGCAGUGGCCAAGCAGAUGAUCAAGUUCGGCAACGGAGGCAGCAUGGCCUUUAUUGCGAGCAUGAGCGGCAGUGUGGCGAAUCGCGGCUUGAUAUGCUCGGCGUACAACGCGAGUAAGGCCGGCGUGAUUCAGCUAGGGCGGAAUCUGGCCAGUGAGUGGGGCGAGCACGGGAUACGGGUGAACACAAUCAGUCCGGGUUAUAUUGUGACGCAGAUGGUAGAGGAGCUGUUCAAGGAGUAUCCUGAGCGCAGGGAGACGUGGCCGACGCAGAACAUGCUUGGCAAGUUGAGCAAGCCCGAGGAGUAUCGUGGAGCGGCCGUAUUUCUUCUUAGUGAUGCGAGUAGCUUCAUGACUGGUGCUGAUCUGAGGAUCGACGGUGGGCACACUGCUUGGUAGAAGUGGAAGGUCUUCUAGCGUUCCUGCACCUGUUAUCCUUAUGCAAGAUAGUAAAAGGGGUGGGUACCCUGUCUUACCCGUCCGAGCGAGGCGAAUGUUUGGCUGUUUUUACUACAUACAUGGAUUACAAGAAUCUGAGGCUACUUUUUUCUUUUGGUUACAUCACUUCGUGGGUAUCAUAUAGUUCCUCAAUCGAGGAGCAAUAACAUAUAGCCUGCAC